AUGGCGAAAACAAAGACCGAAGGAACAACUUCAGUGUCGGAGAUGAUGCGUUUUUAUGGAGGUUUGUUUUCGGUGGCCAUCUUUGUGGGUGUUGUGUUUGUGCUCUCAUCGAACUCGACACUUUGCUGUGCUUUACGAACGCAAAAUCAUCCACAGACACACGUAAGAGAACAGAUAAAUUUUGUAACAAAGCGCAAUGGCAGUGAAAGAGAAGCCCAAAUUGAACUUCAUCGAAAAUUUUGCCCUCAGUGGCGUUGCUGCUGUCGUUUCGAAAACAGCAGCUGCACCCAUUGA